GUAGUUUACGUCAUUAAAACAAGCCGACCCGAGCAGCAUGGAGGAGCUGUGUCGCUGAACAAUUUUUGACCUUCUGAAAUAAUUCCUGUGAAGUAGUGUGGGGUUUGGAUAGAGAUUUUCCAGGAUGUCUGCGCUCAAGCAUGCAUCAGUUCAUGCGAAAUGGAUCAUCGGAAGAGUAAUCGGGACCAAGAUGCACAAAACUGCCAAAGUGCGAGUCACAAGGCUGGUGUUGGACCCGUACCUGCUCAAGUACUACAACAAGAGGAAGACCUACUUUGCCCAUGAUGCUUUGCAGCAGUGCACCGUGGGAGACGUCGUCCUACUCAAGGCUCUGCCUCAGGCGAGGUCCAAACACGUGAAGCACGAACUGUCUGAGAUAGUGUAUAAAGUCGGUCAGGUGGUUGACCCACUGACGGGAAAGAGGGUAGCCGGAGCCGAGUAUGUGGAGCCUCUGAGUGACCUCCUAGUCAGCCUGGAAGACGACAUGACGUUAACGGACAAACUGAAGGAGCUCAACAUCUCUGCCUCAUCCGGUGCAGACGACUCCCCGCCAGCACAAACGCCCACUCUCUGAUUAGAAAAGUUGCUUAAAUGUGACGUUUCUGUUUCAGGUGUUCAUGUAAAUAUAAAAAUGUAUAAACCAGUAAUCACUUCAGAGCCUGAAUACACACGUUUGCUACCUGCUCAGGUAGUUUUGAAUUCAAGACCCCAUUUAAAGAAAGGAUUUCACAAUAAAAUGACUGCAUGGUGUCUGCA